CUGCACUGCAUUACUUAUUAAUAGUGUCUGGCCAUAAUAAUUGUCCCGAGGCUCGGUAGUUGGCUGCUACUGCUGCCGCCGCGUCCUUAAAACCCUGAAGAAACCCCCAAUUUCCCGAACCUUCCAUCGGAAAUGGCGUCGUCGGAGCCGGUGGAACCAAUAAAGCCCUACAAGCUAAGGCAAACCCUGUCGGGCCACAAGCGCGCAAUCUCCAGCGUCAAGUUCUCCGACGACGGCAACCUCAUCGCCUCGUCCUCCGCCGACAAGACCGUCCGUAUCUGGUCCACAUCCGGCGCCUCCGUCCUCCAUCAGGAGCUCGAAGGCCACGGCCAGGGCAUCUCUGACCUCGCCUUCUCCUCUGACGCUCGUUUCGUCGCCACCGCCUCGGACGACAAGACCGUCCGCAUCUGGGAUGUGGCUACCGCCUCCCUCAUCAAAACCCUCACCGGCCACACCAAUUAUGUCUUCUGCGUCAACUACAACCCCCAGUCCAACAUGAUCGUCUCCGGCUCGUUCGACGAGACGGUCAGGAUUUGGGAUGUAAAGACCGGCAAGUGUCUGAAGGUGCUUCCGGCGCAUUCGGAUCCCGUCACGGCCGUCAGUUUCAAUCGCGACGGGUCUCUGAUCGUGUCAAGUAGCUACGACGGGUUGUGCCGGAUAUGGGACGCAUCGACGGGUCAUUGCAUGAAGACGCUUAUUGACGAUGAGAAUCCACCUGUUAGCUUCGUGAAGUUCUCGCCCAACGGGAAGUUCAUUCUUGUUGGCACUUUGGAUAAUACAUUGAGGCUUUGGAAUUUCUCAACGGGUAAAUUUUUGAAGACUUACACAGGUCAUGUGAAUUCGAAGUACUGCAUUUCUUCAACAUUUUCUGUGACAAAUGGCAAGUACAUUGCUAGCGGCUCUGAGGAUAAUUGUGUGUACUUGUGGGAACUCCAGACAAGGAAAAUAGUUCAGAAAUUGGAAGGUCACACUGACACCGUCAUAUCCGUGUCAUGUCAUCCAACCAAAAACAUGAUUGCAUCAGGUGCGCUGGGGAAUGAUAAAACUGUGAAGAUCUGGACUCAAGAGGAAGACUGAUUUUGUCUACUAAAAGAUUCUGCUAGAUGACUGCUUCAGUUUGCAUGGACCCCAAACAAAAUUUAAGGGGAGUGUUCUGUGGGAAAGCCGAUCCAUUUGAUAAUAUGUUUUAUGGUGAAUGUUCUGCUUACUAAUCCAAGCAAUUGCUUGAUGAAAUUCUUCCAUUUAGAUUUAUUUAGUAGCUCCAUUUAAGUUAAUUGCUUUACAGUGUAAUCUUCUAUGUACUAAUCCAAAGCAAUUGCUUGAUGGAAUUUUUGUUCUUUAGAUUCA